GUUAGGAAUUCUGCCAUGUUCUUAGGUUUGUUCCACAAGGCUAUCAUGCAAAGUGGAACUGCUUUGAAUUCCUGGGCCCGAGGUAGAAGAAAUGCCCUUGACAUUGCUGCAGGAAUGGGUUACGAUGAUACCGAUGAAAAGUCUAUAUUAGAAAAACUCCGAAGAGCCACAACGAAAAGUUUAGUGAAUGCCGCAUUCAAAAAUGGGGAAAAAUUUGAACCCGGUCAGGUGCGCCCCUUCGGUCCAGUUAUCGAAUAUCCACACGAAGGAGCAUUUUUGAGCGAAGAACCAAUCGAAAUAAUAAAGUCUGGAAGAAGUCAUCAGGUCCCAAUGAUCAUAGGUUACAACUCUUUGGAAGGAAUGCUGUAUGGAUUCAUCCGCAAAAUGAACAAUUGUGGACCACUGUCUGAAAGUAUCGAGAAAGAUAUACCAUAUGACAUGAAUAUUUCACACAACAAACAGUUGGUGAAAGAAGUAACUAAGAAAAUUAAGGAUUUCUACUAUAAAGACGCUGAAAUUUCUGAAGAAAAUAUUAAAAUCAAGUAUACG